CACGUCAUUUUUUUUUUUUUCUUCUGUAGUUGUUGGAUAAGGAAACAAAUGGAACUAAAACCGAACAAUGCUACUGCGGGUCUCCCGACUGAACUGGCUGGAAAACUCAUUGCAACUACUUUGUCCAUGUCAGGACGCGGUGACGUGCGCGCGCCGCAUGAAAGGGACGAGUGCGACAUCGCACGCCAAACAAACGAUCUUGGAGCGGUCGCUGUCUGGGGCCGGGCGGGAAGAAAGGCGCGCGUGGCUAUGACGUCACCGUCCCUCUCGCGCCGGAGCUGGGAGGAGCGCGUCCGCCGCGCCUACGUGAUGCCGGGCGGCCGCUUUCUGACGCCAUAGCGCCGACAUCUUGCGUGCGUUUACUACGACGAACCGCCAGCCGCCUCCACGUCUGUUUUGUUUUCCCGCGACGUCGUCGUCACCGUCGCCGCUUCCAGCCGGCCAGCCAGCCACCCAGCCAGCCAUCUUAUCAUGACAGCGGCCGCCCGGCGCCAAUCGUGCUUCCUUUGCGACCUGCCCCGCAUGCCGUGGGCCGUCAUCUGGGACUUCAGCGAGGCCGUGUGCCGAGGCUGCGUCAACUACGAGGGAGCCGACCGCGUGGAGUCGGUCAUCGACGCCGCCCGCCAACUCAAGCGGGCCCACGGCCUCCACCAGGGCCGAGCGGGGGGGAAGCCGCCGCCGCCGCUCACCGCCAAAGAGCCGCAGCAUCCGGCCGGCGGGGGGGCCGCCACCUUCCGCUACCCGCUGACCGACAGGGCGCCCUCUCGCCUGGGCCCCGAGUACCAGACGACGACGGCGACGACGGCGGCGGCGGCUGCGAGGCUCUCGGGCUGCGGUUUCAUCAAAGCCGACGAGCCGCCCGAGCUGAACCGCCAGAAUGGCCCCAACCCGCGGGGGGGCGUAGGGGGCGGCGGCGGCGGCGGGGGUCCGGUGCCGCCGGCCCACGUCGGCCACCUGCGCCUCCUGGACAAGGGCAGGAGCGUGCGCGAACUCGCGACCGUGCCCGCGCCCGACGCCGGCUUCACCAAGGGUCACGUGGCCGCCGCCGCCAAGACAGACAGGGGGAAGCACCCGCGCAGCGUGAAGAGGAAGGCGUCGCCAGAGCCGGACGGCAAAGGCUCGGCCCCCAAGUGCAACGGCCCCGAGGGUCCGCCGCCGCGGUUGCCGUCGGCCAACGGGGCGGUCGGGACGCCCGCCGCGCCGCCCUGCUUCUCCAUCAAGACGCAGGGCGCCGGCGGGGAGGUGUACUGCCCCAGCGGGGGGCGCUGCCCCCUGGCCGGCUCCGACCAGCCCUGGGCCUUCAUGCAGGGCGAGAUCGCCACCAUCCUGGCCGGAGACGUCAAAGUGAAGAAGGAGCGAGACUCUUAG